ACACACACCCACACACACACACACUAUAUAAACCCUGCUGAAGUCCCCCUCAGAUCAUGCUCUGCUCAGCCUCCGUUCUGAAGAAUCACUGAAGAUCUGAAAACUUCAGCACCUUCUGCCUUUUUUCCGGUUUUCAUACAGCAAUCGGAGGAAAUCCCUCUCCGGAUCUCUUUAUUAUCAGGACAAAUUCACUCAAAGAGAUGGCGAGUCGGACGCUCCUGCUGCUGACCUUUGUGUCUGUAAUAAACAUCUGUCUGUGUCAGAGAGGACGGGAUCCUCCCACUGCCCGAAGCUGCAAAGAGCUCAAACAAAAACAUAAAUUCAACAAAGACGGUCUUUAUUUCCUGAGGUCAGCGAGGGGUGUGGUGUAUCAGACCUACUGUGACAUGACCACUGCAGGAGGAGGAUGGACUCUGGUGGCCAGCGUUCACGAGAACAACAUGUACGGGAAAUGCACCACCGGAGAUCGCUGGUCCAGUCAGCAGGGUGGAAAUUCGAACUCACCUGAUGGAGACGGAUCGUGGAGUAACACCGUGACAUUCGGCACUGCAGAAGCUGCAACCAGCGAUGACUUUAAGAAUCCUGGGUAUUAUGACAUCACAGCGGAGGACGUGGCAGUGUGGCACGUUCCUAAUAAUGAGCGAGUGGAUCGCUGGAAACAAACCUCCUUCCUGCGCUACCACACAGUGACCAAAUUCCUCAGCAGCUAUGGAGGAAACCUCUACAGUCUCUUCAAGCAAUUACCAGUGAAGUACAAUGCAGGAAGUUGUCCUGCUAACCAUGGCCCCACUGUUCCUGUAGCCUACGAUGUUGGAGAUGCCACGUCUAACCACAACCAGUUCGGCCCCAACGUCAGAGCGAACUCUGUCCCAGGAUUCAUCACAUUCCGAGCCAUAAACAAUGAAAGAGCGGCCAUGGCGAUCUGCUUGGGAGUCAAACCCACAAGCUGUCACACCGAACACAGCUGUAUUGGAGGAUGUGGCUAUUUUCCUGAAGCAUCUCCUAGGCAGUGUGGUGAUUUCACCAGUUUGGACUGGGACGGUUACGGUACUCACGCCGGCUGGAGCGCCAGUAAACAGAUCACAGAGGCAGCGGUGCUCAUCUUCUACCGCUGAGAGAAUGUUCUAGAUCCAGCAGCACACUAUUCUUUAGGAACAGGCUGAGAAUCAUGUAGCAGUUUGUUCUAAAUCUCCUGCAUUACGCUGCAUUAUUACAGGCUUAUAAUCACUGCCGUAUCUGAUAAAGUCAUCAAGGUUAUGUGUUUUUCUGAAUUCUGUCUCUUUCUGAUUAUUCAUGCUGAAGGUUGAUUUC